AUGAAAGUGUACACCAGUAUCGUUCUCUCGGCCAUAGCCAUGCAAGUCGUUCUUGCUGGAAACGGUGGCGGUUUUAGUCCUCUUCCGAACGAUUACAAGCCUGGCAACCCUGGUGAAACGACCGCGGGCCUUACCCCCGGCACCGAGUCUCCCUCUUCGACGCCCGGCAAGCCCGCUUCGACGCCGGACACGCCCCCUUCGACGCCGGACACGCCCCCUUCACCGCCCGGCCCCGAGUCUCCCUCUUCGCCUUCCAGCCCCGAGUCUCCCUCUUCGCCUUCCAGCCCCGAGUCUCCCUCUUCGCCUUCCAGCCCCGAGUCUCCCUCUUCGCCUUCCAGCCCCGAGCCUCCCUCUUCGCCGCCUGGCAAGCCCGCUUCGACGCCGGACACGCCCGCUUCGACGCCGGACACGCCCGCUUCGACGCCGGACACGCCCCCUUCGACGCCGGACACGCCCCCUUCGACGCCGGACACGCCCCCUUCGACGCCGGACACGCCCCCUUCGACGCCCACUUCUCCCACGAACGUGGGCGGCGACCACUCGGAGAUUACUCCUUUGGCACCCAUGAUGCCCGGAGGUUCUAGCACCCCUUCAACAACGGGGGUAGGCGGCGGUCAACCCACGGCGCCAGUUACUUCCGCUAGCGGAACCCCGUGCCCAGCCCUGCCGUACAAUUACUCACCCAUGGUGCCCAAUACACCAACGAGCGAGAAAGGCGGCUCGGAGUCUACGCCUAUGGCGCCAUCAACGGUCGAGAAUCCUUCAAUGACGCCUGGGUCUGCCGGUUCUCCUCCUGCUGCUGGUUCUCCACCAGCUGCCAACCCUCCACUUACUAAGGAGGGUGGUGAUUUGGUCAACACUCCCUCGGUCCCGACACCCGGCCCCGAAACGCCCGCGACACCCGGCCCCGAAACGCCCGCGACACCCGGCCCCGAGACGCCUAAGACGCCUGAGACGCCUGAGACGCCCGAGACACCCCCUAAGCAGAGAGAUGAAUCUCCUACGCCUGCCCCGACGGAGAUGAAUAAGGAUGGUAAAACUCCGAUGAGUAUUAACUUGACGCCUGUUGAAACGCCCGGGACACAUCCCAAGCUGAGUGAUGAUUCGGGCAAAACUCCUCCGUCGACGACGGCUGGCACUGGAACCUCCGAGACGCCUAAGUCGGCCGAUUCGCCCGAGACGCCUAAUGGAACGUCUGAGACACCUACUAAGCAGGAUGGUUUUUCGGAGAAAGCUCCUCCGUCCCCGACGGCUGGCACUGAAAUGCCCGGUACGCCUAAGACGCCCGAAAUGCCCGGUACGCCUAAGACGCCCGAAAUGCCCGGUACGCCCGGUACGCCCGCGAUGCCCGCGAUGCCCGAGACGCCUGUUACGUCCCAGACGCCCGGUACGACCGAGACGCCUGUUACGUCCCAGACGCCUGUUACGUCCCAGACGCCCGGUACGACCGAGACGCCUGUUACGUCCCAGACGCCCGGUACGACCGAGACGCCCGGUACGCCUGUUAACGAGGUUGGAAACGUUGCGCCGUGCCCGACUCUACCGUACAUUUACUCGCCCAUUGCAUCAGGCGGCAACCCGUCGCCUUCAGAGACGACGCCCACCGAGAAGGGCGGCAAAGACUCAGCUAAUCCAUCCCCUGCUGACCCGAUGAAGCCAAAAAUCGAGACGCCCACUAUGACGCCUGACCAAAAUCCCACUAUGACGCCUGACCAAAAGCCCACCAAUGAAAACGUCAAAGACCCGGGAAAUCCUCCGGCUGAGCUGCCCGGUAACCCGACGAUGCCACCAUUUGAGCCAUCGAAGCCGUCUGGCGCUCCUAUCGCGGAAGGUGAAAAGCCUGACGCUCCUACCGAGGAAGGUAAAACACCGGCUAAAAACAUCUACGAUCAAAAUGGGCGUUCGCGUUUCCGUCGCGCGUAA